AUGGCCGGUCUACCAAAAGUCCCUGGUCCCAGGUUGUUGCCUUUUGACUUCAAUGAGGACAGAGAUGACCUCGAAUUCAUUGAGUUUCUAGGAAAAGGCAUCCACGCACACGUAUGGAAGGUGCGAAUAAACCAGAGGGAGUAUGCACUCAAGAUUUUUCCUUUUUGGAAACAUGACGAGGAGCCUAUCCUGCGUGGUCUCAAGGUUAGCGAACGAGAGAGUCUGGGGUAUUUUGAUCCCUUCUCUUGUGAGUGCCGGGCAUACGCUCGGUUGAAGGAGAAUGGAAUAGAGGAAUACGCCGUCAAAUGCCACGGUUACAUCUUAUUGAGGAAGAAACUCCAGGAACAACUCAAGGAGAAAGACCAUCACGACUGGAAAGAGGUGUGGGGUUGGAAGAGGAAAUGGGCGAGGAUGCCGCUUCGAUCGCUCGUCAAAGAUUUCGUUGAAGCCGACUUUAAAGCCAUCGAGCGCGCCAUGUGUACAGAUAGUAUAUCGUAUGACGACUACCAAGAUAUGCUCAUUUCAUUGAGUAUGAAAGACUGCGCCACUGGUACACGCCUCGUACGUGCGAUGAAGUCUUUACACCGAAGUGGCAUCCUGGUCCGAGAUCUACAUAACGAAAACGUGGCACAUGGCAAGUUUCUAGACUUCAGCUCUGCAUGGACAUCUCCACAUCCAUGUUUUACCCCUGACAUGCUCUAUGCCAAUAGGAACAAUGGAUUGGCAUGGAGUGACCUCAGCGUUGCGGAUGGAUGGGCCAUUGAUCACCUUGUUGAUGAGUGGAACGAACGACUUGGUCAAACGGCUGGGCGGAUUCCGAUUCGCAUGAUUCGCAAUUACAACUAUCUGAUGAAGGUGCGAUCCCAAGAUCGUUUCAAUCGGCAUACUUACGGCGUCCGAUGUCCAGCUGAAAUGCAUAAUUGGUCGGCUGAAGACAAAAGGAGAUGGAAGCAGCUUUGUCAACAGUCCUAA